CGGUGGAUUCACCUGAGAGUUCUUUAAAUUUCACCAAGCAUAUGGAUCAAGCUUGGAUAAUCUCACAGAAAUUUACAGCAUUCAAGCUUUCUGGUUUUAUGGAUGAAGGAGGUAUAUGGGACUGGAGAGCAAGAGAAGAUGGAAUCUAUUUAGACAAAGAAGGCGGCAAACAUAUUGGAAAAUCGAUUAAUAUGCAUAAAAGUGUAUGAUUGGUUAAAUUAAAAAUAUUUAACAAUCUAUGUAAGAACAAAAAAAAAUGUUAUAUUAUCAUCUUAAAACUAGUAAAUUUAUACAUAGAAA